AUGAGACAGAAGGUCGCCGUCUUCGUUGCACUCCUGCUUUUCCGCAUCAUCAAUGCCCAUUUCGUCCAGACCUUCUUCCAGCCGGACGAGUACUUCCAAGCGCUAGAGCCAGCAUGGCAGAUCGCAUUUGGUCCUCAGAGCGGUGCCUGGAUUACCUGGGAAUGGAAGGAACAGCUGCGAACAUCAGUCCAUCCGUACCUCUUUGCAGCCGCAUAUCGAGCGAUGGACUGGCUCUGUCAUCUCUGGCAAGCCGAUGCUCAUGUGAGGGCAAAUGCUCUUGGUGCUGCCCCGAGGCUCGUCCAAGCUUGUUUUGCUGCAUCGAUGGACUACCUUACCUGGCGCAUGGCCGGCCAAGUAUACGGCGCACGGCAUGCAGCCACGCGAUGGGCUCUCGCCGUGACAGUGUGCACGACAGCCUUCUACCUACGUCCCACCAAUAUCAUCAUCUGGGCCUCUAUCAGUGCCGUUCUGGUCUGGCGCGGCAGAAGCUUUCGCAGAGCUAGCAUAUUGGCGCAAGGUGCAGCUGUAGCGGGAUUUUCGGCUCUUGCUGUAUUUGUGGCAGCUGAUCGGCUGUACUACAAUACCUGGGCCAUUCCACCCCUUCGUUUCUUGUACUUGAACCUGGUACAGAACCUUGCCACUUUUUAUGGGCAGAACAGAGUUGACUACUACUUCACUGAAGGACUGCCGCUCCUAUUGACUACGGCUCUUCCUUUUGCCUUGCUCGGGUUGUACCAAAGCUUCAUGCAUGGGCAGUCUUCCAAGUCGACAGGAAAGGUUAUAAGCUUCACCUUUGGAGUAGCAACGGUCGCUACUGUACUCGCAUUCUCGGCUAUCUCGCAUAAAGAAGUACGAUUCAUAUACCCAUUACUACCCAUCCUCCAUGUGCUCGCAGCAAGACCUUUGGCAUCCUUCUUCGACAUUGGCGUUCACAACAAAGUGCGAUCUGUCAUUCUGGUCUGCGCACUUGCGGCCAAUGUCCUCAUUGCCUACUACGUGAGUCUAGUCCAUCAACGAGGCGUCGUUGAUGUGAUGCACUACCUUCGACACCGUCAAGAGAGUUGGAUCGAGACAGCAGCUACAGGCGAGCUGACAGAGGCCGUUCCAGCGAACAUCACUGUCGGUUUCCUUAUGCCAUGUCACAGUACACCAUGGAGAAGUCAUCUCGUCUAUCCAGGAAUCGAUGCUUGGGCUCUCACGUGUGAGCCGCCGGUCAACCUUAGUCCGCAAGAACGUCUGUCAUAUCUGGACGAAGCGGAUGUCUUCUACGCCGAUCCUGUGAAAUGGUUGAACAAUAACAUGCAAGACCGGGGCAUCAUUUCUGGUGAUCUGGAGGCGGACGCUCAAAACCGUCUGGAGCAGAUUGAACUCGGUAGCCGCAAAUGGCCGCACUAUUUGGUAGUCUUCGAGCAACUCCUCCCAACACUCCAGCCGCUCCUCGUGGGAACUAGAUACAAAGAGUGCCGGCGAUUUUUCAACACCCACUGGCACGAUGAUCAUCGACGAAAGGGCGAUGUUGUGGUAUAUUGCAUGCGACGUUGA